CCGCGAAGGCGCCUCCCGCCCGGCCACAGACACAGCCCCGGCCCUGGCCCUGCGCACAGCGGCGGAUCCCUCGGGCAGCGUGCACGGAGAGCCAUGGCGCGGUGCCGCGGCGAUGUCCGCUUCCUCCUCCUCCUCCUCCUCCUCUGCAGCGCCGCGGCAGCCGGACCUACGUUCCUUGUGGCAGUUCCCUGGAACAUCAGGCCUGGAGCAAACCUGACUAUUGGGGUAGCUCUGCUGCCGGACAGCCCAGCGCAGGUCACCGUAAGGGGAGAAGUGAUCAGAGAUAACGAGACCAUCUUGAGCAGGGAAAUGGUCUUUGAGAAAGAUUCCUUUGGGACUCUUGUUCUUCCAGUACUGCCUUUGAACAGUGCUUCUGGGAAUUAUGAAUUACUGGUGGAAGGCCGUGCUGAUGGCCGGCACAUCUUCUCUAACCGUACCAGCUUGAUGUACAUGUCAAAGAGCAUCUCCGUAUUCAUCCAGACUGAUAAAUCUAUGUACAAACCAGGACAAAAUGUGCUGUUUCGGAUUGUUACUGUGUAUCCUGAUCUAAAACCUUACAAAGUACCUCUAAAUAUAUUUAUCCGAGACCCUCGGAAGAAGUUGAUUCAGCAGUGGUUGAUGGAGGAAGGUGAUUUGGGUGUACUUUCCAAAAAAUUUCAGUUAUCAAUGAACCCUCCCCUAGGAGACUGGUCCAUAGAGGUGGAAGUGAACGGUCAAGUUCAUUAUCAAAGAUUUAAAGUGAUGGAAUAUGUUUUACCAAAAUUUGAUGUCAUGAUAACAACACCAUUAUACUACUCUCUGAGAGAUGAAGAUGUAACUGGUGUUGUCACUGCCAAGUACACAUAUGGAAAGCCAGUAAAAGGAACUGUAACAGUCACAUGCCUUUCUGUCUCUUACUGGACAAACAAAAGAAAUAUAACAACAACAAUGGAGAUAAACGGAUCUGUGAAUGUAACCUGUAACAAACUUAUGUUGCAAAACUUGAAUGCUGAACAGUCGUGGCACCAAGGUGAUAGUGAUUACACAGAGCCAAUAGAAAUGAUUGCGGUGGUCACUGAGUCACUCACAGGAAUUUCCCAAAAUUCAAGUACCAUCAUAUUUCCGAAACAAAGUGAUUAUUUUAUUGAAUUUCUGGACUACUCUAGAGUUAUAAAACCUUCUCUGAACUUCAUAGCUACUCUAAAGGUGUCACGUUCUGAUAGCAACCAGCUUACAGCUGAAGAGAGACAAAAUUUUGUAACAGUCACUGCACAACAGUCAGAUCUGCUUUUUCACCACUCUUCACUUUCUCACCUUGAAAAUGAGGCAACAGAGGAAAGAAAUUUGACAGUCCAUGUCCUGAAUUACACAGUCCCAGAAAAUGGAAUAAUUGAUAUUGAGUUUCCAAUCCUGUAUGAUACAAAAACUCUGAGAGUUCAGGCAGAGUUCCUCAGCAGUAGGACGGACAUAGGUGUUUAUGAUGUGUUCAGCUCCCCCAGCCAGACUUACCUCCAGGUUAAAACAAAGAGCCAGGAUAUAAAGGUUGGGAAGCCUUUUGAACUGAGCGUUGCAAGCAACAAGCCAGUGAGAGAGUUCCACUAUCUGGUAUUAUCUAAGGAACAAAUUAUGGGUUUUGGCACGAAGUCUGCAAAAACAUUUACUUUAACAGCAGAAAAUUCCUGGGCUCCUUUGGCAUCUAUACUUGUAUUCUAUGUUGAUGAGCUUGGAGUAGUUGUAAAUGAUGCUCUCACUGUCCCCAUCCAGCCUGUUUUGGAUGACAAGAUUAAAAUCUCUUGGAGCAAAGAUAAGGUCAAGCCAUCCGAGAAAGUCUCCCUUAAAAUCAGUACAACAGAACCAGGAUCAGUAAUUGGACUUGCAGUUGUUGAUAAAAGUACAAAGCUUCUAGGAGAAAGUAGUGACCUAACAGAAGAUGCUGUCCUCCAUGAGCUCAAUUUAUACAGCACAGUGCAGUAUUUUCCCCUGGUCAGAGGUUCUUUUGGUGUAUUUCAGAAAUGCAGCCUUUGGGUAUCAACUGAUGCAAUUCUUGAGGAAGAUAAGGAACAUUUUCUUUAUGGUGGAAUGAUACCCAUAGAAGAUGGUUUUGGUGAUGAUAUGCCAGUAUCUAAAAAUGGACCUCCUGAUUUCAGCAAUCUCUAUGUGAGGACACAUUUUCCAGAGACUUGGCUUUGGAUCGACACUAAAACUAGAUCUGACACAGAAACCACAAUGGAAGUCAUUGUACCUGAUACCAUCACAUCCUGGGUUGCCAGUGCUUUUGUGAUGUCUGAAAACAGUGGGCUUGGAGUGACAACUGCUCCAGUGGAGCUAGAAGCUUUUCAACCUUUUUUCAUUUUCCUGAACCUUCCAUACUCCAUCAUCAGAGGAGAGCAGUUCAUUUUGGAAGUGAACAUCUUUAAUUAUUUGAAAGAAGAAGCUGAGGUUACUGUGAUCCUGGAUAUGAAUGAUGCUUUUGAAAUUAUUCUAACAUCAAAUGAAAUAAAUGCUACAGAAAAUCGACAGUCUAUAUCUGUACCAAGUGAAGAUGGCAAAACUGUUCAAUUCCCAAUCAAGCCGAAACAGCUGGGAGAGAUUCCCAUCAAAGUGACAGCAAUAUCAUCUGCUGCUUCUGAUGCUAUCAUUCAGAAAGUUUUAGUAAAGGCUGAAGGACUGGAACAGACAUAUUCUCAGACAGUUCUUUUGGAUUUGACUGGGAAUAAGCGACAAUCAGUGUCAAAAGCUUUGGAUUUCACUUUUCCUUCUGACGUUGUAAGUGACAGUGAGAGAGUACAGAUCACUGCUGUUGGUGAUUUACUUGGGCCUUCUAUCAACGGUUUGUCAUCAUUGAUUAAGAUGCCUUAUGGCUGCGGUGAACAGAAUAUGAUCAACUUUGCUCCGAAUGUUUAUGUUUUGCAAUACCUGACUAAAACCAGGCAGCUGAGAGAGGAUAUUAGAUCAAAAGCUGUAUCAUUUAUGAGAAAAGGCUACCAAAGAGAGCUGCUUUUCCAGAGGGAUGAUGGCUCUUUUAGUGCCUUUGGAAAUGAAGAUCCCUCUGGGAGCACAUGGUUAUCAGCUUUUGUAUUAAGAUGUUUCCUUCAAGCUCGUCCGUUCAUAGAUAUUGAUGAAGAUGUGCUCAUGGAUACAGCUAAAUGGAUUGUCCGUCAUCAGAAAUUAAAUGGAGAGUUUCAUGAGCCUGGGAAAGUGUUACACAGUGAUCUUCAAGGAGGCACCAAUAAUCCAAUUACUCUCACAGCUUACAUCAUGUCAUCCCUCCUAGGGUUCCCAGAUAAACAGCAUGCUUAUGCCAUCAAGACUGCUACAAACUUUCUAGAAGAUAAAUUAGAAGAAGGUAUUUCAGAUAAUUACACUUUGGCACUUGUGACGUAUGCAUUGUCCUGGGCAAAAAGUACAAAAGCAAAGGAAGCACUGAAUAUGCUGAACGAGAGAGCAGAACACCAAGGUGAAUUUCGUUUCUGGAUAACACCUGCUUCUGAAAUUUCUGACUCAUGGCAGCCACGGUCCAUUGAUAUUGAACUUGCAGCAUAUGCUCUGCUCUCUCACUUUCAUCAAGACAGAUUAGCAGAGGGGAUCCCUAUUAUGAAAUGGUUAAGUCAUCAAAGAAAUCACCUUGGGGGAUUUUCAUCUACUCAGGACACAGUGGUGGCUCUGCAAGCCUUGAGUCUAUUUGCAGCUCUCACUACUGCAGGCAAAACAGAAAUGGAUAUAACAGUGACAGCACCUUCUUUGGAAAUACCAGAAACAUUUUCAAUUGAUACUCAAAACCGUUUUCUGCUUCAGAGCAAGGAGAUUGCCCCUGCACAAUCAAUGACACUUACAGUGUCAGCAGAAGGAAUGGGAUUUGCUGUCUUUCAGCUCAAUGUUAUGUACAACACAAAACACACUGAUCAGAGGCUCCGAUAUGUCCAAAAGCAAGAAGCCUUUGACUUGAAUGUUGAUGUAAAGGAUGACAAAGAUGAUAAAAACCAUUUGACCUUGAAUGUGUGCACAAGGUACUUUGGUUCAGGCACAGCUUCCCGUAGUGGUAUGGUCCUCAUGGAGGUUGGCUUACUCAGUGGUUUCUCUGUGUCACCAGAUUUUGUUCCAUUAGACAAUACAGUUAAGAAGAUGGAAAAAGACAAUGGAAAAGUCAACCUAUACUUAGACUCUCUAAAUGCAACACAGGUUUGUGUGGAUAUUCCAUCUACAAGAGACUUCAAAGUGGCAAAUAUCCAAGAUGCUUCAGUGACUGUGGUGGAUUACUAUGAACCUAGGAGAAGAGCAGUGAGGAGCUACAACUCAGAAGUAAUGCAAAGUAUAACCUCUUGUGACUUCUGUGAAAGGGAUUGCAGUCUUUGCCACCGAGAUGGUUCUCCAGCCUUGCUUCAGCACUCUUCGUUGGCCUCCUUGUUCUGUGUGCUGUUUGUCCUUCAUGCAAACUUGCUGUGCAGUUGGGUGCUGUAAAAGGAAACAGAUUGUUUCACAUCUAAGGUUUCCAUAAAUUAUCCAAAGAAAAUUUUAUGUUCAGAUACCAGCCCAUCUUCAGUGAUUACUGUGACCAAACUCCUGCUGUGUUCAGGGAGAACUGGGCUGGCCCAUAUGGUAAAUUUCUGGCUGUGCCAGAAAACUUCUUUAAAUGUCUGCUGGAAAAACUUUCCAAGUGUUAGUUUCAUACUGAAGUUAUUUUCUGAAGGAGCACAGAGUUACUGAGAAAGCAGACUAAGAAAAAAUAAACUUAGCUCCAUAUUCCCACUUCGAUUUUACCCCAGCUUUCAACUUGUUUGUUAGGGGUGUAUGGUAGUUUACUUUGCUUUUCUGAAACACUAUCUGCUUCUCCAUUGGAGUGUUGAUAAGCAGAGCAAUGGGAGCUUGGUAUCAGAACUCACUUUGUUCUGUUCUGAAGAUAUGACACUUAAUACUGAAUUUCACUGUGUGCUCUAAUAGGGAGUAAUAUGAAAAAAAAAGAAGCCAGCUUCAGAGCAGAUCCAAGAGCCAAAAAGUGCUGCAUUUACAAACUGCUGAAUGCUCCAGAAAGUUAUCAGUUUCCUUUUUUCUUUGUUUUAUCAUUACAGAGAAGGUAGGCAGAUUUUUUGCCAAUUCAUAAGCUAAUCAUGCUUGAAAAUAAGGGCUCAGGAUGUUCUCAUGCAUUUUACUCUGGAAGGGUUUUACUGUAAAUACAUCAAAGAUACAGUCUGUGUUACAGACUUCAUUUUUCCAGAAUUAUUCAAAACCAAACCUAAUUGUCUUUUCAUAUGAGAAUGCUGGUGUCAGCUGGUGUAUAUUUAUGGCCAACUGGAGUAAGGUUACCUUGAACCUUUUCUGGUUUUGGGAAGUCUUCUAGUAAUGUCACUCUGGGGCAUCACUUUUGUCUUGCAUUUGCAAUGUCAUCUUGUCAACAAUUUAAGGGGGAUGACCUCAAACAGCUGUUUACAGCUCUCAGUGCCAUGUGAGUUGGUGGCCCUGGAUGCCAUCUGCGCACCCUGCUGUUGGUUGGUGGAAGAGGCUUUUAGGAGGCAUGGACUGCACAUGUAUUCAGUCCAGCGAAACGACACACAAGCUUGCUUAACUUUAAGUACAUCCUUGUAUGCUUAAGUGCUUUGCUUAAGUGGGAUGGAGGAGAAGGAUGGGAAAAAGCAGCAGGCACUUUUACACCUAAACCUGCUUUUCACACGUGGGGAGAAUUAAAGAUCUGUACGAAUGUGCAAAUGUGGGCUUCAGAGCUUAUUGCUACUGAGUGAGUGUAUGAGAGUGUUCCUUGUCUGGCAGCCAAUUUAUCCUUCUUGAACACUGCCUGUGACAUCUAAUGCUUAUUUCUUUUUAGUAAGAAAGCCAAGCUGAUAACACUCAUAGUUACUAAAAUGAAGUUAAUAGCUGUAUGCCACCUAAGAGAGGUAGAAAUUAUGAGGCUAUCGAUUCCCUUUCUUUCAUAUCUUUUUGAGACGGAGUGUGUAUUUGUGCACAUGUAAUAAUAUGGCAGUCACUUUCCUUGAGUAAUUUUUAUUCAAAUUUUGCUGCUGCUUAAAAUGUAUGGGUUUGUAUUUAUGCUCAUCUAUACUGUUGUUCACAACGGAAAUUUUGUGUAGUAGCAUGGGAAGAGGCCUAAACUUCGUGAACUGGGAGUGCCUUCUAAUACUGAUGUAUAGGGUUUUAACUGCAGAACUAGUUUAGAUGGGGUUAUUUGUUUUACUUCAGCUAUAUUUAGAAUUUAUAAUGUUUUUCACAAAUUUGGGGUUCUGUUCUGUUUCUCUGGCAGAGCUUAAGCCUGGUUCUUUGCAGUCAGUUCACUCUUUUCACUUGUCCUUGGUGCACUUUGGAUCUAGCCCCUUGAAUAGUUAAAUAGUGCCUUAACAGAGUGCCUGUGCUGCUCUGACCCACAUUAAGUAAUACUGUAUUUAUUGAAACUGCUUAGUUAGUAGGAUGCAUGGUCUGACCCUCUGUAAGCCAUGCCCUUGGUUACAUGGGUCCAAAGCUACAAGAAACCAAGACACAAACUGAAACACAUCUCUGCAUCACAAAUUCUUUACUCAUUUAUGGGAGCAUAGGUUGAAUUGUGCCGAGUGUAAGAUUUGGAAAACAUGCACUCUCUAAACUGGGAUGUGUUUUGCUGUGGGUUUGAUUUCU